CCCCGGCGGCGCCCGAGCUUUGGGGGAGACGGGACCAUGAGGGGCUUCGGGGCCAUCGCGGUUUUGGGGACACUCCUGCUCCUGGCUGAGGCUCAGCGCCGAGCCGCUGGCCGCAGCCGCGGCCGGAGCUCUGCGUGGGGCGGGCGGCCGGCGCCGUUCCGCGCGUGGGACUCGUCGCUCUACCCGCCCUGGCGCCAGGGGACCCGCGACUGCUGGCGAGGUGGCGAUGUCACCUUCGACAUCAGCAACGACGCGCCCACCAUGGCGGGUGCCCAGGCCACCUUCUCCAUCGCCCUGCGCUUCCCGGGCAACCAGAGCGUGCUGCCCGAUGGCCGCGUGGUGUGGGGGCAGAACUGCACCGUCAAUGGCACGCAGGUGGCACAGGGUGACCCGGUGUUCCCGGAGCAGCCGGACGCCGCCGGCGCCUUCCCGGACGGGCAGCCCCUGCCCGGGGGCAAGCGGGGCAAGUUCGUCUACGUCUGGUGGACAUGGGGGCGCUACUGGCAGGUGGUGGACGGCGCUGCCUCUCGCCUGACCGUGGGCACGGCCGGGGUCCCGCUGGGCUCCUACACCAUGGAGGUGGUCGUGUACCACUACCGGGGCCGCCAGAAAUUCAUCCCCAUCGGCCACGCCAGCAGCCAGUUCAGCAUCACCGACCAGGUCCCGUUCGCCGUGGACGUGUCGCAGCUGCAGGGCGCGGUGGCGGGCGCCGGGCGCUUCGUGCGGAACCGCGCCGUGGCGUUCGCGGUGCGGCUGCACGACCCGAGCCGCUUCCUGCGCCACGCCGACAUCUCCUACUCGUGGGACUUCGGCGACCAGAGCGGGACCCUCAUCUCGCGCAGCGCCACCGUCACCCACACCUACCUGGACACCGGCAGCUUCUCGGCGCGCCUGGUGCUGCAGGCGGCGAUCCCGCUCAGCCCCUGCGGCCCCAGCACCGCGCCGCCCUCCGCCGCUCCCACCGGCAGCGAGCCCGCGGCCACCACCGCCCCCGCCGGGGCGCCGAGCACCGUGCCCGGGGCCAGCACGGCCCCCGCAGCGUCCGGGGAGCCCGCGGAGCCCACGGGGGGGUCGGCGGCGGAACCCUCGGACCCCGCAGUCACCGACCCCGCUGUCCCCAUUGUCACCGAGCCCUCUGUCCCCGCCGCCACCGACCCCGCCGUCACCGCCGCCAUCGACCCCUCUGUCCCCGUUGUCACCGAGCUCUCGCUCCCCUCCGCCACCGCUGUCGCCUCCUCAGUGUCCCCCACUGUCGCUGGGGACACCUCGGUCACCGCGGCCCCCCUGGAGGGGACAGCGGCUGCAGAUGUGGCGACAGACGGGGGCGCGGGUGACGUCACAGCCGGAGCCACAGCUGGAUCGGCCACUGCUGCAGCCACAGCUGGAUCUGUCACAGCUGGAUCAGCCACAGCUGCGGCCACAGCUGGAUCAGCCACAGCUGGAUCUGCCCUCGAUGCCACCGCUGCAGCCACACUCAGUGUCACCGUGGAUGCCACCGUGGGAGCCACCGUGGGAGCCACCGUGGGAGCCACUGCUGUGUCCCUGGCUGCUUCCACAGCUGGAGCCACAGCUGGAGCCACAGCUGGAGCCACUGCCCAGCCGCUGGCCCUGGUCAAGCGCCAGGCCCCGGCCGAGGACUCGCCCGGCUGCGUCCUGUACCGCUACGGCACCUUCGCCACGCAGCUGGACAUCGUCCAGGGCAUCGAGAGCGUGGCCAUCGUGCAGGUGGUGCCCGAGGACAGCGGCAGCAGCGUGGAGCUGACGGUGACCUGCGAGGGCGGGGUCCCCGAGGAGGUGUGCACGGUGGUGGCGGACGCCGAGUGUCGCACGGCCGAGGCGGAGUCGUGCUCGGCGGUGUCGCUGUCGCCGUCGCCGGGCUGCGAGCUCGUGCUCCGGCAGGACUUCAACCGCUCCGGCCUCUUCUGCCUCAACGUGUCCCUGGCCAACGGCAACGGGUUGGCGGUGGCCACCACCCGAGUGGCCGUGGGAGGGGUCGCUCCGGCCAGCGGCAGGACCACGCUGUUCGUGGGGCUCGUGCUGGUGGCGGCCGCCCUGGGCACGGCCGCGUACACCUACAGACGAGUCAAGUACACCGCGCUGUCCCCCGCGCCCCCCGCGCCCCCCGCCCGGCCCCGGGGGUGGCUGUCCCCAAAUGUCACCGUGCGGCGGCUGCUCCAACGCGCCCUGGGAGGGGCCCCGAGCGGCGAGAGCAGCCCCCUCCUCCGGGGACACUCCGUCUAGGGACCCCCACCCCAAAAACAGCCCCCCAAAACCCCCCCGGGAGUGGCCGAGCCCCCAGACCCCCCCCGGAGCAAGGGGGGGUUGGGGACACGCGUGGUGGCCUCGGUGACACCGAGAUUAAAGGCUCAGAUGUGCCCGUG